GAUUUUCCAACGCGUGCCUCUGAACACGUCGAAACUCACACCCUCCUACGCAAACUCUCUCUCUCUCUUCUCCUAACUCGGAAUAUAUAUAUGAAAAUAAUCUCAGUAGACGAGCAUUUUCAUUCUCAGACUUCUCUUUCCGUUUGUUUCUCGGGACUUUUCCUCUCCGAUCAGAAACACAGGCGUCAACCCGUGAAAGAUUUAUUGGAAUUUUCUCUUGUAAAACUGAAUGCCCAAUUAUAUGCAUCUUCCUUGAUCUUAGUUUCGGUUGCUAAGCAAAAUUUGGGGUUUCUUAUACUUUUGCCUACUGCUUCUCCAUCUUAUAUUCAAUCUUGUGUCUCUACAAGGAAGCAGGUGUUGGAGUUUUAGUUUAUAAAAUCUAAGAUGUCUUCUCCAAGCAAGAGGAGAGAGAUGGAUGUGAUGAAGUUGAUGAUGAGUGAUUACACGGUCGAGACAAUAAAUGAUGGACUCAAUGAAUUUAAUGUGGAAUUCCACGGUCCAAAAGAAAGCCUUUAUGAAGGUGGAAUUUGGAAAGUCCGCGUUGAGCUUCCUGAUGCUUAUCCAUACAAGUCUCCUUCUAUUGGCUUUGUGAACAAGAUAUACCACCCAAAUGUUGAUGAGCUGGACAUUUUACUGCUAUGUACAAAGCAGUUGGCAGACUUGAUAUUUGAAAGGUUCAGUUUUAUAAAACUCUGGCUGGCUACUGCUUCUAGAAGAAGCAUCAGAAUAGAAAUAUCUGGUUCUGUAUGCUUGGAUGUUAUUAAUCAAUCUUGGAGUCCAAUGUUUGAUCUGUUAAAUGUAUUUGAAGUUUUCCUUCCGCAGCUCUUGCUUUAUCCCAAUCCUUCCGAUCCUCUUAAUGGUGAUGCUGCAUCAUUAAUGAUGAAGGAUCGAAAGCAGUAUGAUCAGAAAGUUAAAGAAUACUGUGAGCGAUAUGCAAAGAGGGAGAACAUCUCCAAUUCCACAGCUGAAGUGGACAGUGGGGAUGAGGAGAUCAGUGAGGAAGAAAGUGGUGGUUCUAGUGAUGAUGAUAUUGCUGGACAUGCAGACCCAUAAUGAACUGAAUAGGGGGCUUGGUUCUUUGACUUGAAAACCUCCCUUAUAGCAGCAUCAAUGAAACCCUCUAAUAUGUUUACCCGUUUGAUUGUUACUAGUUGUACGAUGAUGUUUUAUUUGCUUGUAGAAUCAUAAUCAUGGGACAGAUUUCAAUUGUGACAACCCUGUACUGAUAUUUAAAGUUACAGGGGGUGAAAUGGAAAACAAAGAAAUAGAAGAAAUUGACAAGAAACUUUUUUUAGUACUAA